UUGGAAUGGGAUGAGUAGAGCUGGUGGGAACCGUAGAGGGGGGAUGGUAACCAGGAUGGGAAGAUGGACCCGGUGGGGGGGAAGGGAGGAGGAUGGAGAAGGAUGGUUGCUCUGAGACAGGAAGGGUGUGGUGAGAGCCAUGCCUGUAAAAAGACUGUGUCAUGAUCUGCUUUCCCAAUCAGCAUUCCCUUCCCAUUGUUUGCUCUCUCCCACCCUCCUUGGCGUAUUAUUAUUCUCUUUGUGGUUUACAUUGGUAAAUUAUUGGGGCAGGGACCUAGUCCAACUGUGUUUCAUAAAGAAUUUUGUGCAACUCUGCUACUGUGUAAGUAACAUAUAGUAGCCAAAAUCCUAGGGUGCUUUUUGUAAGAGUCCGGGGUUUGACCCAGCUUCCUAGGUUGCAGAUGCUCACCCAUCUGUUAGGUGGCAUGCUGUGCCCCAGUUGUCUGCCACCCUCCAUCCCAAAGGAUGUCCGUGAGAUGGCUGUAUGUCGGUAUGAAACACUUCGAAAUGAAAGGCAGUAGUCAACUCUCUUUGUGGGUCUAGGUACUUGUAUGACCCUAACCACCGCAGUGUCUGAGCACCAGCCACAAAUUAAAAAUGGCAGACGAAACGUGGGAGCCUACAGGUUCCAUGGCCACUGGAGAUUACAAGUGGUCAGUGUGAGACCAAAGGCAGCGGGUGAGGGAAAGAGGCUGGUACCUGAGUCUGAGGUGGGUACCUAAGGGGGUCAGGUCGAGUGGUGCUUAGGAAAUCCAGGGGAGACCAGCUGCCUGUGAGCUGCACGAGACUGAGUUCCUGGCCGAAGGGAAAUGGGGCUGUGACAGAAGAAACCCCGGGCAUUUUAUCUCCAGCAUGUUUCUCUCCUGGAAGAAUGAGGGAGGAGAAGCAGCUCGAAUUGUCCCUGGAGGCGCUUAUUAGCCAGGUGGCUGACCUGAAGAAUUCCUUGGUCAGCUUCAUCUAUAAGCUAGAGAAUGAGUAUGACCGGCUCACCUGGCCCUCAGUACUGGACAGUUUUGCACUGCUCUCAGGCCAGUUGAACACGCUGAACAAAGUGCUGAAGCAUGAGAAGACGCCCCUAAUGCGCAACCAGGUCAUCAUCCCCCUGGUGCUAUCUCCAGACCGUGAUGAGGAGAUCAUGCGACAGACAGAAGGGCGUGUGCCAGUCUUCAGCCAUGAGGUGGUGCCGGACCACCUCCGUACCAAGCCCGACCCUGAGGUGGAGGAGCAGGAGAAGCAGCUGAUCACAGAUGCAACUCGAAUCAGCUCUGAUGUGGCACAGAAACAGAUCCAGAGCCUGAACAAAAUGUGCUCAAAUCUGCUGGAGAAAAUCAGCAAGGAGGAGCGAGAGUCUGAGAGUGGAGGUUUACGGCAAAACAAGCAGACUUUCAACCCUGCUGAUACCAAUGCUCUGGUGGCAGCCGUGGCAUUUGGAAAAGGGCUGUCGAACCGGAGGCCUCCAGGCUCAGGGGGACCUGUCCAAGCAAGUCAGCCAGGUGCCGGUGCCAUCAUAGCAGGGGCUUCAGGCAUCCAGCAGGUCCAGAUGUCAAGUGCUUCUAGCCAACAGCAGCCAAUGCUUGGAGGAGUGCAGAUGUCACAGGCAGGCCAGCCAGGUAAGAUACCCAGUGGCAUAAAAACCAACAUCAAAUCUGCCUCAAUGCAUCCAUACCAGAGAUGAGCAGAGAGGAGCCUCGUCCUGGCUGACCACACGACACUAGCAUUGUUCCUGCCAAUUGCCACUCCAGGAUUUCCUUCCAUGCCUGUCGGAUCCCCUCAAGCCUCCACUCAUCAUCCCCAGCAGAGAGAUUUCUGGGUGGGCUCUCCCCUCCUGUGAGCUCCAGGCUGUCUCCUCCAUCUGGUUUUAUUCAGUGCUGGAGGGUUUGUGCAUAGCUGCUGGUGGCCGCGUGCUUGGGGUGGGAGCUCCCCAGACAAGGGAAAGCCUGUCUCCCACCUGGUCUGGCGUGGAGGGGCCCAUACUCUUCGUUCAUCCAAAUGCAGAACCUGAACAGCUUCAGAGAAAACUCUUCUCCUGGCUUCUGUGUAAGGAGGUGCAUGAAGGUUGCACUGCCCCCUCCCUUUCCCCUGCCUCCCAUUGUUGAAUAAAGACCCUGUACUAUGCCAAGUGUGACCACUGUUGGCUGUGUGUCAGGUCCCAAGGAGCCUCGCAGCCUGAUCCUCAUUUCCCUUUGGGAAUGGCUGUAGAACAGCUCUGCCUCUAAACAUGGCAUGGAGCUGGCCAUUUAUAUGGCAUCUUGUUCUCUAUUGAAUACUGAUAUGGAGGUUGAAUCCAGGAGUUGCUGUUGGGUUUCACCUGGAUACAGCACUCCCUGCCAUGAGCAGCAGAAUUUUUAUUUACUGUAAAACUCACAAUAGCUAUUCCCCAGGCACCAGUCCUAGAAUGAAAAAAAAUCCAUCCAAGGGGAAAAUGAGUAACCCUGUACCACCCUUCAAGAUGCCAUGCUGUGAGGGUCACAGCAGAGGGAGCUUCAGGAACAGAAGCACAGAUGUUCUGUAAUCUAAUGGCUCCACGUGCCCUGAUCCCAUCCCAUCUCCUGAUCUCCCUCGCACCAACUUUCACUCUUCUCUGUAAUUUUUCACUCUCCUCCUGCUCUUUCCUCUCGCAGUACAAACAUGCUUUAGUCUUUCCUAUUUUAAAAAACCCUCGCUUGACCCCACUUGUCUCUCCAACUACUGCCCCAUCUCCCUUCCAUCUACAAAGCUCAUUGAACACACUGUCUAAAAUAAUAGAUUAUCAAGGCCAGCAGGGACCACUGUUGAUCAUCUCGUCUGUCCUCCUAACACAAAGUGUAGAGCUUGCUGUCUGGAGUUCCAUCCUAGACCCUCUCCAAUCUGGCUUCUGCCCUUACACUCCACUGAAAGCACUCUUGCCAUGGUCUCGAAUAACCUCUUCCUAGACAAAGCUCCUCAAUCUGUCAGCCACCUUUGGCACCAUCAACCAUGCUCUUCUUUUGGAAAUCCUGUCCUCCCUUGGCUUUGGUGAUUUUGCCCCUUCCUGGUUCUCCUCCUACGUCUUUAGUCACACAUUCAACAUGCCCUUUGGAGGGGGAUCCUCAUCUGCACUCCAACAUUAUAUGGUGGCUCCAUAUGGCUCUGUCCUUAGUCCUCUUCUCCCUCUACACAUCUAUACAGGGUAAUCUCAUCCACAAAUACAAGUUCAACUACCAGCUGGAUGCUGAUGACUCUCAGAUCUACCUUUGCUCCAGGCAUGUCUCCUUCUGUCCAGACUUAAAAUAUUGGCCUGUCUCUGACAGCUCCUCGUGGAUGUCUAGCCAUCAGCUCAAACUCAACAUGGCUAAAACUGCUCCUGACCUUCCCCCCCCAUGUCCUCCUCACUAGCUGCUUACUUGAUCACUAUGGAUUUAGUUGGGGAUUGGUCCUGCUUUGAGCAGGGGGUUGGACUAGAUGACCUCCUGAGGUCCCUUCCAACCCUGAUAUUCUAUGAUUCUGUGACACCACCAUCCGCCCGCCUGUCACUUGGGCCCAUUACCUGGGCAUCAUCUUUGACUCAAACCCCUGUCUAAGUCCUGGCAUCCGGAUUAUGUUUUAAUCUUGCCAAAUCUUUCUGCAUAACAUCUCUAAGAUAAGGCCUUUUUCUGUCCACCCAAAGAGCUAAAACUGUCAUCCACGUUCUCUUGAUUAUUGCCACAUCUUUCUGUCUGGCCUUGACAGAUGCUGUCUUGCCCUGCUUAUAUCCAUUCUGAUUUUCAAACACGCAUAUUCAUGCUUUCUCCUAUGCUGCCUCUCAGGCUUAGGAGGAGCUCCCUUCAUUAUCCUCCUAUAAAUGCCUCCUUAAACUCCUUUACCAUGAGGCCUACAAAAAAAUUAACUAAGGUUAGGCUGUUGGUGUGCUGAGUCGUGUUGUCUCAUUGUUUCCUUGUACUCUUCCAUCCAAUAACAGAGAUUCUUCUUCAAGUGCUGGCCUUUCUGUGUAUUUCACUGUGGGUACACGUGCGCUGCAUGCAUCCAGAGUUGGAGAAUUUUGAAGGCAGUGUUUGCCGGCCUAAUAUCAACACAGACUUUAGACUUUGUCAAGGUGUAACUAAAUUCAGUCACAGCAAGGGCUUACCUGCCAGUGGACAGGUUCCAAGCAAUGAAUGACCUUAUGGAUCAGGUCACGAACAACCCUUGAACAUCAACCAAAAUUUCUCUCUCUCUCAGCACAUACGGCUUCAUGCACUUGCAUCACAUCGUUUGACAGACUCUAUCUUCGCUGCCUACAGGCAUGGCUUCAGACAGUGUACUCCUCAAACAAACUGUCCAUGAACACAAGAGUAAUAUUCCCACCAUAGUAAUCAUCUCUACUAUGGUGGAAGGAUCCCACCAAAUAUGCAUAGGUGUCCCUUCCUUUCCCCCUCACCAGGCACAGUGAUCAUUACAGAUGUCUCCCUCUUAGGCUGGUGCCCAGAUGGACAGUCAUACAGCACAGGACACUUGGACAUCCCGAGAGACCAGGAUGUAUAUAAACAUUAUGGAAUUGUGGAAGCCUUUCUCCUAUUCAUACAAUGUCCCCGUGUCUUGGUAAUAUCGACUAAUAUGACAACCAUCUUUUACACCAACAAGCAGGGAGCAGUGAGAUCCAUCCCUGUGUGCAGAAGCAGUCAGUCCAUGGAACUGGGGCAUCAGCAAUCAGAUGAGGCUUUUGGCAGCUUACCUUGCAGGGAAUCAAAAUGAGCUGAUGGUCACGCUCAGCAGACGCUUUGCUAUCAACCAUGAGUGGGAGCUACACGACUCCGUGAUAAACAGUAUUUUUGCUGUAUGGAGAACCCCCACCACAGACCCGUUCAUCUCUCAAACAACCAGGAAGUGUGACAUAUAGUGCUCCAGAGGCGCCCUAGGGCUUCAUUCGUAGGGUGACACUCUCCUUCUGCGGUCAGAUCACCUGAACUAGGCCUUCCCUCCCUUACCACUCCUAUCUUGAGUCUUGCGGAAGAUUCAUCAGGACAAGAUACGAGUCAUCAUCAUCGCCCCCAACUAGACCAGACAGUUUUGAUUCCCGAGUCUCGUACUCCUGUCAUCUUAGUCAUCGAUCAAUAUUCAGCCCUUUUCCGAUAGCCUGACCUAGGGGAAGGGCAGAAUCAAGCAUUCCAACCCCCAAGCACUCCAUCUCAGGCAUGUUUUUUUGGAUGGGCAUCAACUCUAGAACAUUUCUGCUCUGAAGCCAUGCAAAGCAUCCUUACUAAUAGUUGAAAAGAUUCCACUAGGAAAGGCUACUUAGCCAAGUGGAAGUGUUUCUCUGUCUGGGCACAACAACAACUUAUAUCCCCAGAGGCUGCAGGUAUUCCCCUUAUUCUUGUCCAUCUUCUGUCCCUCAAAGCAGCUGGUCUUUCCAUCAGCUCUUUAUGAGUUGACCUGGCACCAAUCAGUGCAUACCACCCACCUUCAUAUGGGAACUCAAUUUUUGCUCACCCGCUGACUGCCUGAUUCUGGAAUGGCUGAGUUAGAACCUUUCUGCCAGUAAGGAACCCUGCUCCUCAAUGGGACCUACGCCCUUGUUCUUUCGGUGCUCACAAAGCUGCCCUUGGAACCGCUGUCUACAUGUUCCGUGUCUCGCCUGUCUAUGAAGGUUGCAUUCCUGGUAGCCAUAACCUCAGCCAGGAGGUGGGUGUAGGAUAAGUACAAAAUUAAAAAAUUAACGUUAGCUUAAGUUAAGUGAUAAGGCCAGGAGGACUAAUGUAGGGAGGACGUCUGGUUCAAAGAACAACUAGUGAGAUAAAGGGAAGUUUCUAAACAGAAGGCCUCUGACCAAUAGGGGAAGCUGUAGAUGACUUAAAUAAAACAAAGAGAAUCUGUCUUUAAAUGAGCCAACCCUUCCCUUCCCCAGCCCACACACCAGUGUUAAUGCUUGUGUGAACCCAGGUGCAAUGGGAAAACUGUUGAACAGCAAGAAGGAGAGAGGAAAGGCCUGGGAAAGAAAGGAGGUUGUAAAUCUUACCUGGAUUAAGGCUGGAAAUAAGGGUGAACUGUCUCCAAUUGUCUUUUGCUGAAGUCAGUAAUUGGCAGUGACAUAACUUGUUUUAUAAGAUAUAAAUAGUAAAUUCUUAAAGGGUUCAUUGCUAAUACCUGCCUGACCAAGCUGGAGCCGACCAAUAUGGGUCUAAGCACUCCUUGCUUGUAGCCCAUUUGUAAGUAUCUUGAUCAAAUGCUUGAUACAUGUUUUGUUACUGUUUGGAUGCAUUGGUUAUUGUUUAGGCUUUUUAGGCAUGUUUAGAGUAAUUGUAUAAGUUUCUUUGGAUUUAAUAAAGGAAUUUAUGGUUGUAA